AUGGUGUCAGUGCCACGGAAUUACUCAGCGAUGCGGCCACCACACACACGUGAAGCAGAGUCACCGCUGCCAGGCUGCCCUGCCCUCUCACGUGCCACCCCCUGGGAAACAGACAGCAAGGCCUCCCCAGGUGUGGGAAGCAGCCUGUCCACCGCUGCCUCCUCCUCAGGGGCACCAUUCGGAACGGAAAACUUGGAGUCAGAGAUGAGAUCAGAAUAUUUUGAAAAUAUUUACAUUGGCUACAAGAAACUACUUAGUGAUGACAUUUAUAGCUCUGGUUUCAUGGAUACUGAAAUGUUAGUUCAAAAGUCUCAGCAUCAGUAUUGCAGCGUUUUGACAUACCUCCACUCAACACAAGGAAAUGUUGCUAAUGCACCCAAGUGA